CGCCCCCUCUCCCUGUCUGCGGCGGCAGCGGCGGCAGUAGCGGGCCCCCCCUGGUCGCCGAGCGAGGAGGCCGCGCGCGCGCGGGGGGGGAGGGGCCGGGAGCAGCGAGUUCUUCGAGGCCCCACUCUGCGUUAUGGACUAAACAUCUGCCCCAUUGCAUUGGAAAGAAGCCUGCCGCAUUUACAGACACACGUCUUCUUUCCUUGCUAUCAAGAGCACAAAACAAAUCAUCCAUAACAGUUUAAAUGAGUCAUAAUGGAUCAGGAAAGUGGGGGUGACAUCCAGAAAGCCCCCAACUUCCAGUGGAGAAGCUACAAGCUCGUCAUUGACCCGGCGCUGCGGCGGGCCCCGCAGAAAGUCUACCGCUACGAUGGAGUCCACUUCAGUGCUCCCGAUUCAGGAUAUACUCCUGUGGGUGACGUACGAGACCCCCGGCCACGCAGGAUAUGGUCCAAGCACAGAGACCUGUCGCUCCCUGUUCCCAAGUUCAAGCUGGAUGAGUUCUACAUUGGGCAGAUCCCGCUGAAGGAGGUGACCUUCGCCCGGCUGAAUGACAACAUCAAGGAGCCCUUCCUGGCCGAGAUGUGCAAGAAGUAUGGGGAGAUCGAGGAGAUCGAGAUUCUCUACAACCCCAAGAACCGCAAGCAUCUGGGCCUGGCCAAGGUGCUUUUCACCAGCACCCGUGGAGCCAAGGAGACUGUCAAGAACCUGCAUAACACCUCGGUCAUGGGCAACAUCAUCCACGCCCAGCUGGACAUCAAAGGACAGCAGCGGAUGAAGUACUAUGAGCUGAUCGUCAACGGCUCCUACACCCCUCAGACUGUUCCCACCGGGGGCAAAUCUCUGAGCGAGAAAUUCCCAGCGCCUGUGACCCAGGCUGAGACGUCAGAGUCCCGACGGCGCCAGUCCACCGACUCCUCCUACUCAGCCAGCACUGUGGGUUCGACGCCCGGCAAUGGGACCCCUUGCUCUCAGGACACCCCAUACUCCAGUGCUCGCCAGGACACCCCCUCGUUCUAUGGUCAGUUUACCCCCCAGUCGUCCCAGGGGACCCCGCACACCCCCCGAGGAGGAACGCCGUAUUCCCAAGACUCGGCCUACUCCAGCAGGCAAGGCACGCCCAGCUACUCCAGCUAUCACCCGGAGCCGACCUCCUACAAGUCCCGCAGGCAUGAGAACAGCUACCCGGAGUCGUAUUCCCGCCGACACUACUCUGCCUCCGCCGCCGCCUCCUCCUCCUCCUCCUCCACAGCUGCCGCCACCGCCUCCUCCUCGCACUACCGCCCCAAUGACCCCCACUACUCGCCCUACAACCAGCAGUACGAGGGGGCAGGCGGUCGCUACCAGCGCCGUCACUCCUCCGAGGGACGCUCCUCCUCCCACCACUCCUCCUCUUCCUCCGCCCACCGCUCCCACCAAAGAGAGGACUCCACUUAUCAGUCCCGGCACCGGGAGCGCCCCCAGCGGGACGAUCCCACCCCUGCUGCUUCUUCCUCUUCCUCCUCCUCCUCCUCUUCUUCCUCUUCCUCCUCCUCCUCCUCCUCUUCUUCUUCCUCUUCCUCCUCCUCCUCCUCCGCUUCCACCACGGCAGCUUCUUACCCCGUGGCUCCAGCCACGCCGGAUGGGACCCUCUUCCAGAACAGCCACAGCUUCGGCCAGCAAGGGGAGUCCUUCGCAACCCCUAGUGCCAUCUACCCUCCCUACCCGGCCCCCCUGGAGCCCUUCCCGCUACCCCCGGAGCCACACCCCUGUGAUCAGGAUUACCGGCUGCUGCCCACGGCUGAGACCUUUGCUGCCAACUCCCUGCCCCCCACGGAAUUUCUGGCUCAGGAAAGCAAGGAAGAGCCCAGCCCUGCGGCUGCCAGCGCUGAAGAUCAGGCCCAGUCGCCGGCCCCCCAGGCCUCGCCGGCCCGUUUGGGCUCCCCGGCACCAGAGACCACCAAUGAGAGCGUCCCAUUUGCCCACCACAGCAGCCUGGAUUCACGCAUUGAGAUGCUGCUGAAGGAGCAGAGGUCCAAGUUCUCCUUCCUCAAUUCAGACACUGAGGAAGACGAGGAGGAAGGGGGCAAGGCGGGGGCAAAGGGGGCAGAACCGCAUGGGCCCUGCACCCCGCCCCCACCCCUGCCUGUCAGCUUUGAGGAUGUGGUACCAGUUCCGGACGCCGGGGUAGAGUCGCCUAAGGCCAACGGGCAGGACAGGGCCUCCCAGCAGUCAUCGGGCGAGGACAUGGAGAUCUCGGAGGAGGAGGCGGAGGAGGAGCCCACGGGGUCGGCGCCGGCCGAUCCACACUUCCCGGUGCUGCCUGCGGGCCUCGGCCACCUCCCGCUGGGUGUCUCGGCCUUCGCCCACCCGCCGGAGCCGCCCCCUACCUACCCACUGCAGCCCCUCAUGUCAGUCUCCCUGCCCCACCUGACGGGCGAGGCCGACUACCCCCAGGCCCCACCGCCCCACCACCUGCAGGCGCCGGGCCUCCCGGACUACGGGGCGCAGGCAGGCACGGCGGGCACAGGACCCGGGGCGGCUGCUCCCCCCCACAUCUAUGACUUCGUUAACUCCCUGGAGCUGAUGAACCGGCUGGGCAACCAGUGGGGCGGGAUGCCCAUGUCCUUCCAGAUGCAGACCCAGAUGCUGAGCCGGCUGCACCAGCUGCGACAGGGCAAGGGGCAGUUCGAAGAGCCCUUCCCCUACCAUCAGGAGGCAGCGUUCGCCAGCCACCCACUCUAUGGGCACUACCUGCUGGAGCAGGACAGCCGCCACUUCCCGAGAGACCAGCUUUUCCUGCAGCAGCCGGCCAGCGCCGAGGAGCCACCGCCCGGCUCGGAGCAGCCCCCGCCUCCGCCGCCCCCGUCACAACCGCAGCGACUGCUGGACUACCGGGCAGCGACGUGGGGCUACCAGGAGGAGGCGCCCUGCGACCCACAUGCCUCCACUGUGGACAGCGUCCUGGCCACCCUAACGCAGGAGAUGAAGAGCAUCAUGCAGCGUGACCUCAAUCGCAAGAUGGUGGAGAAUGUGGCCUUCAGCACCUUCGACAAGUGGUGGGAGCGCAAGGAGCAGAAAGCCAAGCCCUUCCAAAACGCAGCCAAGCAACAGGCCAAGGAGGAGGAGAAGGAGAAAACCAAACUCAAAGAUCCGGCCCUGCUGUCCUUGGUCGACUGGGCCAAGAGCGGCGGCACCGUCAGCCUCGAGGGCUUCAGCUUCGGAACCGGCCUCCGUGGGGCACUCAGGCUCCCAUCCUUCAAGGUGAAAAGGAAAGAGCCUUCUGAGAUCUCGGAGAGCAGUGAAGAGACGCGACCCCGGCCUUCCACUCCCGCAGAGGAGGAGGAGGAGGAUGACAAGGAGGCUGCUCAAGGACCAAAGGGAUCCAAGCGGGAUGAAGAGUGGAUCAAGGGGCCGGGCAAGCGCCGGAAGCUCUUCUGCCUGGACAGCGAAGGGGAAGAGACCUCUGAGGAGUCAUCCUCGGAGAAGGAGGAGGAAGAUGACGAGCCGGAUGAAGAGGAGGAGGAGGAAGAGCAGCGGCAGGAGGAGGAAGAGGAGGAUGCAGCACACAGCGACAAGGAAGAGGAAUCAGAAGAAGCAGCAGAGAGCGAGGACUCCUCUAUAUACUCCCUCUACGAGGAAUCAGACGAAGACAGCGACAGCGCUUCGGACUCUGAGAGCAGCUCGUCCUCCUCCUCCUCCUCCUCGGACGAAGCGGAGAACACCAUGGACGAGUCCACCAUGGACAGCUGCCCCGUGGAGCCAGCAGGGAAGGAGAGCAAAGCUGCGUCCUUGGCAGGCACGGAACUGGAGAAGGUCAAAGAGGCCACGCUAGAGCCCGCAGCGGAGCAGAAAGCCGCCCCCCCGGAGGAGCGUGAGGCUGAGCUGACUCCCCGCCCCUCCUCGCCCAUCCCCCUCCUGCCACCCCCCAAGAAGCGCCGGAAAACAGUCUCCUUCUCAGCCCCUGGCGAGGAGGAGGUGGCCAAGGCGGGGGCAGAGAAGGUGGCCGAAGCAGCCCCGCCCCCGCUUCCCCUUCCUCCCCCGCCCCCUGCCGAGGAGCUAGCGUCCCCCCCGGUAGUGCCUGUGGAACCCGCCUCGCCAAUGCCCCAAGUGCCCUUAGCGCAGGACACCCCCCGCCCUGCCACGCCGCCCCCUGCCCCCAAGCCUCCCUUCAGUGGGGGGCGUAAGCGGGAGCCCCCCAAAGCCAGCCCAAGAACCAUCAGCAACCUGCCGGCCGACCACGCCUCGCUGGUGAAGUGCUGGGCCGAGGAGCCACCUGCCGGCAGCCGCCGUCGCUCCCGUUCCCGCUCCUCAGAGCCCCCCCGGCCCCUGGCCAGCGGGGAGGCUGAGCGGCUGCGGCUUCGGGAGCAGCUGGGCGCCUCGUCCCUCCUGGAGCUGGCCAACCAGCCCGAGGCGGGCGGCGUGGACCUGGCCGUGCUGGCAGACAUCGCCCUGAAGAUGCCCAUUGGCUGCGCCAAAGAGGAGGCUGAGGAUUCGGAGGGCACGGAGACGUCCGAUGAGGCGGAGGAGCAGUCGCCCCCCCGCGCCCUGCCUGCACCCCGAGACAACAGCAUCCUCCUGGAGCACAACUACGCCAUGGCUGUGAGAGCAGCACCGCCAGCUCCCCGGAGAGCAGCCAAGGCCGAGGAGGAGGCCCCGGGCCCAGCUGAGCUGCUGCGGGUGGAUCUCUUCGGAGGGCACGUCGGGGAGGUGCUGGAGGCGCCGGAGGAGGUGGUGGCGGAGGCCAGCGAGGCCAAGGCUGAGCCCGAGGUGGGCGCCCUCCUGGCACUGGCUGGGGAGGAGCGGGCCAGGAGGAAGCGACACCGAGACAAAGAGGAGGCACCGGACUCCCCGGCCUCGGAGCCCUGCCCCUCGGAGAGCGAAGAAGAGGAGGAGGAGAGCGAGGACGCUGACGCUGGCGAGACACGCCGACGGACGCUGCGCUCCCACUCGCACAAGCCCUGGCCUCAGCCCCUUCCCUCCUUCGAGACCCGCAGCGAGUUCGAGCAGAUGACCAUCCUCUACGACAUCUGGAACUCGGGACUGGACGUGGAGGACAUGCACUACCUGAAACUCACCUACGAGCGCCUGCUGCAGGAGGACAACAGCACCGACUGGCUCAACGACACCCACUGGGUGCACCACACCAUCACCAACAUUGCCAACCCCAAGCGGAAGCGGAAGUCGUCGGACCUGCGGGAGCACCAGACUGGCUGUGCCCGCAGCGAAGGCUACUACCCCAUCAGCAAAAAGGAGAAGGACAAAUAUCUCGACGUGUGUCCUGUGACGGCACAGGAGCUGGAGGUGAUGGACACGCAGGGCACCAACCGCAUCCUGUCGGAGCGGAGGUCGGAGCAGCGGCGCUUGCUCAGCGCCAUCGGCUCCUCCGCCAUCCUGGACAGCGACUUGCUGAAGCUCAAUCAGCUCAAGUUCCGUAAGAAGAAGCUGCGGUUUGGCCGGAGCCGUAUCCAUGAGUGGGGCCUGUUCGCCAUGGAGCCGAUCGCUGCCGAUGAGAUGGUGAUUGAGUAUGUGGGGCAGAACAUCCGGCAGGUGGUGGCCGACAUGCGGGAGAAGCGCUACGUGCAGGAGGGCAUCGGCAGCAGCUACCUGUUCCGCGUCGACCACGACACCAUCAUCGAUGCCACCAAGUGCGGCAACCUGGCCCGCUUCAUCAACCACUGCUGCACGCCCAACUGCUACGCCAAAGUGAUCACCAUAGAGGCUCAGAAGAAGAUCGUCAUCUAUUCCAAGCAGCCCAUCAGCGUCAACGAGGAGAUCACCUACGACUACAAGUUCCCCAUCGAGGAGAACAAGAUUCCCUGCCUGUGCGGCACCGAGAACUGCCGCGGCACCCUGAACUGAGAGCCGUAUUUAUUGUGUUCCCUGCCCCGUCCUCCGGCGCCUUAUGAGCUCCACGUGGCUUGGUAAUGGGGCCCGCGGCCAGUCGGUUCUCUGCCGGGAUCCACCCUCCCCCUGGGGAAGCCAGGUCCGGAUUCAGGUUGCCUUUAGUGAUCCCCGACCACCCUGCAGAUUGGCUCCAGAGCCAAUGUUGACAGCAUUUUGGCAGGAGCUGAGUUGGAAGCAGCUUUUCCCAGGCAAGACUCGUUCCUUCCCCGCCCAUGACUCCCAGCAUGCAGAUCUGCUUAGGACCAGGGGCGCUUGACCCAAAUCCCCAGGAUGCUUUGGGGGCAGCAGAGCAGAGUGUGUGCUGGGAGCGGAGCUGCCCUCUUUCCAACGCAGUUGGGAGUUUUGCGUUGCAUUUAUAUUCCCUGCCUCUGAAGAGGAAUUCGGGUCCUUGCCUGCAGGACCCCUCCCUUCUCCCCUGUCCUCCUGCUUGAUGGACACCUGUCGCCACCCAGUUGUCAGGGGAAGGGAGCCGAGCAUGGUGGGAAAUGCCGUGGUCUUGCCAUGGUCAGUACGCAAGCAGCUGAAAGCGCCAGCUGUGUAUCUAAUCAUCCAAGGGGUCGGAGUCCAAAGCAUUAGAGCCUGAAGCAGACUCUUCCUGUCCCCCCAUCUGUUUGUCCCUGCUGCUCUUCCCACCCAGUCCCCCACCCGCACCAGGUAGCUCCCGAGCGCCCUCUACAGAGGGGGAGGAUCUGUUUAGCAUGGUCGGGUUUUUACUGUUCUGUUCCCCCUCUCAUCAAUUUUAUAACAGGUGCCACUCCUGAUUCACUUCACAAUGAUCACAGCCUUCACCCUUUGAUUGCAGUGCCUCGCAAAGUCCCGCGCCCCUUUAGCAUUAAUGUCCUGAUAUUUCUUUCCCCUCUAAAGGGGGAGAAAUCUUUCCUCUGGACAAAACAAAACAAUACCCAGUCCCCUCUCAAAUAUAACAGAACCAAUCAAAUCACUUCAUCUCCGUAUCCUGCUGCCAAUCAGUGUGUGCCCCUCCCCCCC